CGCCCGCCCCUCGCCCGCCGCGUCUCCUGGCGUCCCUGCCCUCGCCCUGCGCUGUCGCGCGCCUCCAGCCCGCGGUCCCCAGCGCCUCGGACCCGACCCCUCGCCCUAAAGAUGAAGAUUUGGUUGCUGCUGGGUCUUCUGCUGAUACAUGAAGCCCUGGAGGAUGUUACUGGCCAACAUCCUCCCAAGAACAAGCGUCCAAAGGAGCCAGGAGAGAACAGGAUCAAGCCUACCAACAAAAAGGUGAAGCCCAAAAUUCCUAAGAUAAAGGAUAGGGACUCUGCUGAUCCAACGCCAAAGACACAGUCUAUAAUGACGCAAAUGAUGGAUAAAGGUCGCUUCCAGAAACCCGCUGCUACCCUGAGCCUGAUGGCAGGGCAAACUCUGGAGCUUCGAUGUAAAGGGAAUAAAAUUGGAUGGAGCUAUCCUGCAUACCUCGACACCUUCAAGGACACCCGCCUCAGUGUGAAGCAGCAUGAACGCUACGGCCAACUGACCCUGGUCAACUCCACCGCGGCCGACACAGGUGAGUUCAGCUGCUGGGGACAGCUCUGCACCGGCUAUGUCUGCAGGAGGGACGAGGCCAAGACGGGCUCCACCUACAUCUUCUUCACAGAGAAAGGUGAACUCUUCGUACCUUCUCCCAGUCACUUUGAUGUCGUCUACCUGAACCCAGACAGGCAGGCUGUGGUUCCUUGCCGAGUGACCGUCCUGUCGGCUAAGGUCACCCUCCACAGGGAGUUCCCGGCCAAGGAGAUCCCGGCCAACGGAACCGACAUCGUUUACGACCUGAAGAGAGGCUUUGUGUAUCUGCAGCCGCACUCCGGCCACCAGGGGGUGGUCUACUGCAAGGCGGAGGCGGGGGGCAAGUCUCAGAUCUCCGUCAAGUACCAGCUGCUCUACGCAGAGGUUCCCAGGGGCCCUCCAUCAACGACCAUCUCGGCAUCCUCGAACAAGGUGAAGGGCGGGGAUGAUCUGAGUGUCCUUUGCACAGUCCUGGGGGAGCCAGAUGUGGAGGUGGAAUUCAGGUGGACCUACCCAGGGCAGAAGGAUGAAAGGCCCGUGACGAUUCAGGACUCCUGGCGGCUGAUCCACAGAGGACUUGGGCAUACCACAAGGAUCUCCCAGAGUGUCCUGAGCAUUGAAGACUUUGAGACCAUUGACGCAGGUUAUUACAUUUGCACUGCUCAGAAUCUCCAAGGACAGACCACAGUAGCCACCACUGUGGAGUCUUCCUGACUUGGAAGAUGAAGUAUAAAUGAACUGAUGGAAAGCCCACUGGGGUGCACAGCCAGCUCCGGGGUUCUUUGUCUUUGCCAGGGCCAAACCCCAGGCCCUGCCUUGUGAGUCAGACCCAGACCUCCAAACUAAAAGGAAGUCAUUGGUCUAAUUUUAGAAGUGUUAACUCUCCUAGCAGAAAGCAUGUAUUCUGACUGCUGACCUACGUAUAUGCAUUUCUAGUGUUUCUACUCAGAAGGCAUAUAUGUAAACAACUUUAUAUAAUCAUUUUAUAUUAAAGGAGCAAGUUUUUGUAAAAAGUGAAAAAAAAAAAAAAAGGGCUAAGUGCUCGUUGUUUUUAGUCGGUUUGAAGUACAUCCAGAAGCACUCAUUGGCAGCAAUGUUUGAGUUAAUACCUAAUAUUCCCUUUGGUAUCAUAACCACAC